AUGAGUUCGCGGGAUCCUAACCUCAAUCAGUCGAGGACGACUGCUGCGGAACACAACUGUCUCGCCUGUUCCCGUCCGGAUGGCGCUCGUAGCAUGGUUGCUUGCGAUGCCUGCGAUAAUUGGUGGCAUUUCGAUUGCAUCGGCGUUACCGAAUCUGUUGCCAAUCGAUCGUGGAUCUGUGGUACCUGUGAGAAGAAGCGCGGAAUGGAACAUCCUGCUGCAUCGACGAAAUCGAUAAGAUCCGUGAUAUCUGUGCGAUCUAACAGUUCGGCAAGAUUGCGCCUUCAGCAGCUCGAGGAGCAGAAAGCCCUGGAAGAUAAGAUCCAGAAGGAAAAGGAAGAGAAAGAUCGCCAAUAUCUUUCUCAGAAGCACCAACUUGAGCUCGAAAUCGAGCAGGAGGAAGCAGUCGGUGGUAGCGUUUCCAGUCUGAGUGCUCGGGAUCGGAUUAAGGCAGUGAACCAUUGGGUCAGUGAUGUACGACAGCAGGCGAAUCCUGAACCUGCUACUUCCACGCCACUUUCGAGAAACGUACCGACUGGAGCGGUUCCGAAAUUAUUUAACCCGAUUGCUCAUCAGCUUUCCGUGAUUCCCGAAUCGAAUCAAACUGAAUGGCAAACAGCAGCACUGAUGCCCACAUAUCGAGCUACACGUUUCGCAAUCCCUCCGGGAUUUUCUACAGUUUUGCACAACGAAGCAGUUCCCCCGACGGAAAAUCCGGGCAGAACGUGCGUUCAGCAGAACGAGUCAAACCAGAGGACCCGGGAUAUUGGACAGUUGCCAGAUAAGCAGUUCCCGGCUGCUUGCACAGGAGUUGGAGCGGCUCCCAAUCCGUAUGGAAUCCACGGCGUUGGAUCAACGGAUAAUUCACAACCGCGGCAGGCCCCAAAUUCCUGGGCCUAUCCUGCUGCUGGUGUGAUCAGCGCACAACAAAUCGCAGCGAGACAGGUGGUGUCGAGAGACCUACCCAAAUUCUCCGGAGAUCCUUUAGAGUGGCCGAUGUUCGUCAAUGCUUUCGAGUCUACCACGCGGAUGUGUGGUAUCCAGCCCGACGAAAAUCUAGCCCGUCUGCAGAGAGCCCUCAUCGGCAAUGCCAGGGAAAAGGUUCUCAGUAUUCUGACAAUUCCGUCCGCCGUACCGCAAAUAAUUACGACUCUUCGGGAUGAAUGCGGAAGACCGGACCAGUUGGUCAACUGCUUACUGACCAGAAUCCGAACAGCAACACAACCAAAUGCCAACAAGCUUGGAACGCUUGUCACAUUCGGUCGAGAAGUCCGGAACCUGGUGACGUUUAUGGACGCAGCACAUCUACAUUCUUACCUCUCAAGCCCUAUCCUACUUACGGAGAUGGUAAGCAAGCUCCCACCAUGUCUGCAGUUACAGUGGGGCCAUUACUUGAUGAGCGUUCCGGUACCAAAUCUAGAAGCGUUCUGCAAUUUUAUUUCGACGAUCCGGACAGCAGCUUGUAACGUUUCGAUAGCGACGGAAUCCUCCGUAGAAGUGUCGACGAAAAGGGAGAAGCGGAAGGAAAAAGUAGGAGGCUUUUUGAACGCCCAUCAAGUUACAGUGAAACCAGAAAAUCCGAAACCCUGCCUCGCCUGUGACAGCGUGGGGCAUAAGAUUCGUGAGUGCGAAAGGUUUCGCAAGCUUUCAGUCAGCGAAAGAUGGAAAAUAGUCGAGCGAAAGAAAAUGUGUCGAAGAUGCCUAUUUCCACACGGCAAGUGGCCCUGCCGCACAAAGUAUCCUUGUGGAGUAGACGGUUGCUCCGAGGCACAUCAUAAACUGCUUCAUUCUACCAAAAGGUCGGACCAAUCGGAUGCACAAUCGGGAACCUCAGGAACUGUAUCGACGCAUCGGCAUUCUCGAGACAAAACGCUAUUCAAAAUUCUCCCCGUGAGACUAUUUGGAAACGGGAAAUCUGUAGCGGCGUUUGCGUUCCUGGAUGACGGUUCCGAUCUAACGUUAAUCGAAAACGAAGCGGCAGAAGAACUUGGCCUCGAAGGCACGGAGAGUCCACUAUGCCUCGAGUGGACGAACAACGUAACCAGAAACGAAAAUUCUUCCCGUCGUGUCAAUCUAGCCAUCGCAAAGAUUAACGGAGGAGAAAAGCAUCUGCUGAAAAACGUCCGUACAGUCAGAAAUCUGGGUCUCCCGAAGCAGACAGUUAACUAUCCCGAUUUGGUCAAGCUCUACCCGCACCUUCGAGGGCUACCAGUCGAAAGUUACAACGAAGCAACCCCUAGCAUUCUGAUUGGGGUGGACCAUGCUCGGCUGAUUAUGACGCUUGGUAAGCGUGAACGUCGGAACGAUGAGCCUGUUUCCGCCAAGACUCGCUUAGGCUGGGUAGUGUUUGGUGGCAGAAGUUUAACCGCAGAACAGUCUCGAGCCAGAGUGAACGUCUGCAGAUGCGCUUCGGAUGAACACCUAGAAGACAUUGUCCGAGAAUUCGUCUCUAGCGAUACCAUCGGCAUUCAAGGGCAACUUCCACCGGAAUGCGAAGAGGACAUGCGAGCGAGGAAGAUUUUGGAGGAAACCACGGUACGAACCGCUUCCGGUCGAAUUCAAACCGGAUUGUUGUGGAGAUCGGACUGCGUCAAGCUGCCAAACAGUUACCAUAUGGCGAAAAGACGAAAUGAUUGUUUGGAGAGGCGGUUGGCAAAAGAUCCAGAACUGAAAGCGAACAUCACUAAGCAGAUUCUCGAAUACCGGCAAUACGUGGGCUUUCGUGUGGGUGAAAUUUUAUCGAUAUCGAAGAUCAACGAGUGGCGCUGGAUACCCUCCAAAAUGAACGUCGCUGACGAUGCUACCAAGUGGGGCAAUGGUCCCAAUUUCUGUUCCACCAGUAGAUGGUUCGUAGGGCCCGAAUUCUUAUACAGUCCGGAGGAUGAAUGGCUAAACCGAAAACCGAAUGUAGCAGAGACGCCUGAAGAAAUCCGAUCGGUUCAUAUUCAUCGCGGGACCAACAGUGUACAGCUGGUUGACUUUUCUAAGUUUUCGUCGUUCGAACGCCUCGUCAAAGUAUUCGCCUACAUCCACAACUUCAUCGAUCGUUAUCGUCCUGUUAAAGUCAACAGCGAUUCUGAAGUGGUACCUACGCAGAAAGAUUACGGAGUCGCAGAAAUAUCGAUAUUCCGGAAAGUGCAGAGCUCGGCGUUUCCCGAUGUAGUAGAAGCUCUUCUAAAAACAACCGAUCUUCCUGAAGCAUGCAAAAAGAUUCCGAAAUCAAGUUCGUUAGCUAAAUUGUCGAUUGUAGUGGACGAAAAUGGCAUUUUGCGGGCCUCAAGCAGGAUCAACUCUCUGUAUUACUCUGACGAUUUCCGGAACCCGAUAAUACUUCCAAGAUCUGACCAUGUCACAGCACUGAUCGUUUUGAGAUAUCACCAACGUUACGGCCACGCCAACACAGAAACAGUUUUAAACGAACUCCAGCAGCGAUUCUACAUUCCGAAGUUCCGUGCCACAGUGAAGUCCAUUUUGAAAACCUGUAUGUGGUGCCGCGUCUACCGAGCCAAGCCUGACGUUCCAAAGAUGGCUCCGUUACCGCAUCCUCGAGUGAAGCCGUAUGUACGACCGUUUACGUUUACCGGCCUGGACUACUUCGGCCCACUGACGGUCAAAAGGGCGCGAAGCUCGGUGAAACGCUGGGUAUGUCUGUUUACCUGCCUCAGCGUCAGGGCAAUACAUCUCGAGGUCGUCUAUUCGCUGUCGACGGAUUCGUGCAUCAGAGCAGUUCGCAGGUUCGUAGCCAAAAGAGGUCCACCCCAACACUUCUUCAGCGACAACGGCACAAAUUUUCGCGGGGCGUCGAGAGAGCUUAUCAACGAAGUUAAAGCCAUCAACCAGUGCGCCGCGAGGACCUUCACGAACGCUACCACCGAAUGGCAUUUCAAUCCCCCCUCGACCCCUCACAUGGGAGGGGUCUGGGAGCGUAAAGUAAGAUCGGUCAAAGACGCAUUGAAAAGCAUAGCUCCUCGCAGCCCACUUGACGACGAAGAACUGAUGACCCUUUUGGCUGAGGUUGAGAUGAUAGUGAACUCACACCCGUUAACAUUCGUUCCACUUGAUUCACCAAAUGCUGAAGUGCUCACACCGAACAGUUUCCUGUUGAUGAGUUCAAGCGGAAGUAAUGCAGUGAAAGUGCCGAUAGAUGAACCGACGGCGCUGAACACGAACUGGAAGGCGAUGGAUUACAUGCUGGAUCAAUUUUGGAAGCGGUGGAUUGCGAGUUAUCUUCCAACCAUAGCGCGUCGUACCAAGUGGUUUCAUGAUGUGAGACCCCUACGUGAAGGAGACCUAGUGGUGAUAGUCGACGAAAGCGUUCGGAACGGCUGGCUUCGUGGAAGAGUGUUGAAGACGUUUCCUGGAGAAGAUGGACAAGUUCGGCAGGUCGACGUAGCUACCAGUACAGGGAUUCUUCGCCGUGGGGUAGUUAAGGUUGCAUUGCUAGAUGUAUUGUAA